AUGAUUAGUAAGCAAUUUCCAGAGACACAUAGGUUUACCGGCAGUUCUGGAUGGCUUGACCGCUGGAAACCUGGACGGUACGGUGUACGACAAUUGAAUAUAUGUGGAGAAAAACUUUUUGCUGAUGUGUCAUCAAUUGAAAAAUUUAAACAGGACUUUAAAAAGCUAAUCAAAGAUUGUGGGUAUACAUGUGAUCAAAUUUAUAACUGUGACGAAAGUGGUUUGAAUUAUAAAAUGCUUCCAUCAAAUACGUUGGCAUCUCGACAGGAAAAAUCAGUUCCUGGGCACAAAAGAAGUAAGGAAAGAUUAACCAUAAUGGCAUGUUCCAAUGCAUCUGGUAAGCACAAAAUUACACUUAUGGUGAUUGGCAAGUCUGCACAUCCAAGAGCGUUAAAAGACAUCUCACCCAAAGCUCUACCAGUUUAUUACAAAAGUCAAAAGAGUGCAUUUGUGGAUGCGACGUUAUUUACUAACUGGUUUAAAGAAGAGUUCGUGCCAUCUGUGACUAAAUUUUUGAAGAGAAACGGUCUCCCUAUUAAAGCAAUUUUGUUAAUGGGCAAUGCUCCCUCUCACCCUGGAGAAGGACUCCACGUGGGCGAAAUUGUUGUAAAAUUUUUCCUCCAAAUGUAA